AUGGAAGACGCUGGCUUGCAGACAAAAGCUGGUGGAAGUUUGACUGUUCAGAAAAAGUGCAAUCAUGUGAGGAGUGUUCCAAAGGCCUGGGACCGGCGUCGAGCAUCUCGGGUUGGUGGAGAGCGGGGAAUAACUAGAGCGGUCCUGACUAAAAUCCAGGUGUGUGAGAGACCCUUAAUCUAUCUGCUAGACACACCAGGAGUGUUACCCCCAAAAAUUGAGAGCGUAGAAACAGGCAUGAAGUUGGCAUUGUGCGGAACUAUCCUGGAUCAUUUAGUGGGUGAAGACAUUAUUGCCGAAUACCUGCUCUAUUCUUUGAACAGACUUGGGAAUUUCAGUUACGCGGAGAAAUACGACCUCCCAGAGCCAAGCGACGACAUCCAGUAUGUUCUGAAACGCAUCGCUGUGAAACUUCAAAAGACUCAGAAGGUCAAAGCCCUUACAGGAGUGGGAAACAUCACCGUUACCAUCCCAAACUACACCGCAGCAGCUAACGAUUUCAUCAGAGCAUUCAGGAAAGGAGAGCUGGGACCAGUAAUGCUGGAUUGAUCUGACCUGUUUGUUUUUUUUUUUUAUUUAGGCAUCAUCAGAUGAGUAUUACGGUACUUGUGUCUGCCGUGAUAAAAUAUAAAAAUGAGAUCAUUGUAUCUUUUGUAAAUAAAAUAAGGAAGUUAAAAAAAAAGGUAGGCAUAAUAAAUGAUAAAUUAUUGCCAUUGGCACUAUUGAGAUGUUAUUGUCAGCCUGAAUUUAUACCCC